CGAUUUUAGUAUUAUUAUUAUUAUUCGAAAAAAAUCCAGCAAUGCUGAGAACGUGUCACUCCGAAGAGGGUAAUGAGAAAAUAGAGAUUCAUGCAACAAACAGAGGGCUCUCUCGUUUGUCAGUGUCAUUAUAGAGGGUAAGGCAACAGAAUCUAGAGAGAGAAAGUGCCGCCUCUGCUCUGUGAAAGAUUGUUCAGAGAGAGAGAGUUGGAGAUAUUUGUUUGAAGAGAUAAAUCGGAUUUCCACUGUUUCUUGAAACCUGAAAGUCCGUACGUUACGCGAGAAAUUUUAGACACUUCCUUCUCUGCCGGACGGUAUCUCUUUUACUUGGAAUCAAGAAUUGAGAGUUUUACUUGCUCAAGGCAAAUACUGUGACUGUUAGUUGAGCUUGUCGGAGGUGAGCCCGUCUCAAGAUUUUGCAUCCGACAAAACUUGGAAAGUUGAGUUUAAUUAGAGAGGUGCGCGGAAGCAUUGAAGUUUGAAUUGAAGAGGUUUCUUGGUGAAUUUCUUUCUUUCUUUCUUUCUUUCUGGUUUGAUUCCUGGUAGGUGGUUGUGUGGCUGAUAUUGAUUUGACCCCACUGUACAACUCUCUUGCCACCUAUCUGAGUAGUAAUAAUAAAACUCUUAUUAAUUUUCUUUUUCUAUUGUGUAUUGACUGUCGUCUUCUUGUACUCUUGUCUUCUUCUCCGGCUUCGUUUCUUGGGGCUUCUUUUCUCUUGCGCAGAGAUUACUUUUUGAUUUCUUGGGAUUGGAUUGAGUUUCAGUUUCCAGAAUCAAAUUCUUGAUCAUCCGAGACUUGGGAUUUAGAUUUUUUGCUUCUUUUAUGGCUAUUGGGGUUUGAAUCAGUUGCAUAAGCUGUUGGUGGAUUUAUAGACUAAUUUGAAGAGAGAUGGCAUCUGGGGUGGAAUUUGAUGAAGGUGGUGAGACUAAGGGAAGUAUGUGGGUUUUGGACCAGAAGCUUGAUCAGCCUAUGGAUGAGGAGGCUGGAAGACUUAAAAAUAUGUACAGAGAAAAGAAAUUCUCAGCAAUUCUGCUCUUAAGGCUUGCAUUCCAAAGUCUGGGAGUGGUAUAUGGGGACUUGGGAACAUCUCCCUUGUAUGUGUUCUACAAUACUUUUCCUCAUGGAAUAGAUGAUCCAGAGGAUGUUAUUGGCGCCCUUUCGUUGAUUAUAUACUCCCUGACGCUGAUACCUCUCCUCAAAUAUGUGUUUAUUGUUUGUAGAGCAAACGACAAUGGUCAAGGAGGAACUUUUGCUCUUUAUUCAUUACUUUGUCGGCAUGCUAAAGUGAAAACAAUUCCCAAUCAACACCGCACCGAUGAGGAGCUAACAACUUAUAGCCGUAGCACAUUCCAUGAGCAUUCAUUUGCUGCUAAAACCAAGAGAUGGCUAGAGGUGAAUGCUUUCAGAAGAACUUCCCUUCUUAUACUUGUAUUAGUGGGGACAUGCAUGGUGAUUGGGGAUGGUAUUCUCACUCCUGCUAUAUCUGUUCUUUCUGCUUCUGGCGGAAUCAAGGUGGAUCACCCAAAGAUGAGCAAUGAUGUGGUUGUACUCGUCGCUGUAAUCAUAUUAGUUGGUUUGUUCAGCUUGCAACAUUAUGGCACAGAUAAAGUUGGUUGGCUUUUUGCUCCAAUUGUACUGCUCUGGUUUCUCAUGAUUGGAGGCAUUGGUAUCUUCAACAUAUAUAAAUAUGAUAGUUCAGUCCUCAGAGCCUUUUCACCUGUGUACAUAUAUCGCUUUUUUAAAAGAGGAAAGAAAAAAGGUUGGACGUCUCUUGGAGGGAUCAUGCUUAGUAUCACAGGGACAGAAGCACUUUUUGCUGAUCUUGCUCAUUUUCCAGUUUCUGCUAUACAGCUUGCUUUCACAGUUAUCGUGUUUCCUUGUCUUCUUCUCGCCUACUCUGGGCAAGCAGCAUACAUCAUGGAAAAUAGAGACCACGUAGUUGAUGCAUUUUAUCGAUCAAUUCCAGAUAAAGUCUACUGGCCUGUUUUUAUUAUUGCAACUUUAGCUGCUAUUGUUGCUAGUCAAGCUACUAUAUCUGCUACUUUUUCAAUAAUCAAGCAGGCCCUUGCCCUUGGCUGUUUCCCGAGAGUCAAAGUUGUACAUACGUCAAAGAAAUUUCUGGGCCAGAUAUAUAUUCCAGACAUGAAUUGGAUCCUUAUGGUCCUUUGUAUUGCUGUAACUGCUGGAUUCAAAAAUAAAAGCCAAAUUGGCAAUGCUUACGGUACUGCAGUUGUGAUUGUCAUGCUUGUGACGACUCUUCUCAUGACACUAAUAAUGUUACUAGUUUGGCACUGCCAUUGGAUCCUUGUCCUGUUAUUCACUUUCUUUUCUCUAGUGGUGGAGUGUACGUAUUUCUCAGCAAUGCUCUUUAAGGUCGAUCAAGGUGGUUGGGUCCCCCUUGUGAUUGCUGCUGCCUUUCUUAUCAUCAUGUAUGUUUGGCAUUAUGGAACAAUGAAACGCUAUGAGUUUGAAAUGCAUAGCAAGGUUUCCAUGGCUUGGAUUUUAGGCCUUGGUCCCAGCUUAGGGCUGGUCCGUGUUCCCGGGAUUGGACUUGUGUACACCGAGUUGGCAAGCGGAGUACCCCAUAUUUUCUCACACUUCAUCACAAAUCUGCCAGCUAUACAUUCUGUGGUAGUCUUUGUGUGUGUGAAGUACCUUCCAGUCUACACAGUUCCAGAGGAAGAAAGAUUUCUCGUCAAACGUAUAGGGCCCAAAAAUUUUCACAUGUUCCGUUGCGUAGCAAGAUUUGGUUAUAAAGAUCUUCACAAAAAGGACGAUGAGUUUGAGAAGAAGCUCUUUGACAAUCUCUUUAUGUUUGUUCGCCUUGAGUCCAUGAUGGAGGGGUGUUCGGACUCGGAUGAAUAUAGUGUAUAUGGGCAGCAAACGCAACAGUCAAGAGAUUACCUUUUGAAAGACAAUGGCCACACAUCUUCGUCAAAUCUUGACUUUACAAUUUCAUCAGUAGACUCAAUUGUGCCUGCUAGAUCACCAAUGCAUGCAAACAACACCAUCACAUCAUCAGGUCGAGAAACAGAACUCGAUGAGCUGGAGUUUUUGAGUAGUUGUAGGGAUGCUGGGGUGGUCCACAUUCUGGGGAACACAGUAGUUAGAGCAAGGAGGGAAUCCAGGAUAUACAAGAAAAUAGCUAUUGAUUAUAUAUAUGCAUUUCUUAGGAAGAUAUGCAGGGAGAAUAGUGUGAUUUUUAAUGUACCUCAUGAAAGCCUUUUAAAUGUUGGGCAGAUUUUCUUUGUGUGAAUUUCUGUUUGACCGUAAUAAAGAAGGAUUUUUUUAUGAUUACCACUAAGGUCAUCGAUUUUGCAA